AUGAACCGGUCUCGCGACGAGACUCUUGCGGCCAUCGGGCUAAGCGAGUUACCGGUUGUCUCGGGCAAUAUCCGGCGAGUCCAAAGCCUUCUAGCCGAGAGAAAAGAUGCGACUCUUCUUGAGGCUUGCGACGUCGAUGGAAGCACGCCGCUCAUGGCAGCUGUGCUCACUGGACGGCUGGCCAUUUUCCGACUGCUACUUCAGAGCGGCGCUUCGCCUCAGGCGAAGGAUCGUCGAGGGCGCUCAGCACUCGAUUACUGCAGGGCGAGUCAAUUCAUUAAGAAGCUAGACCGGUAUAAGAGUCUUGGGCUCUUAUCCUCGUUGAGUAGGCAACACCGCUGCCAACACCACCGCCGGGCGCGGAUUGGCAAGAUACUCCGGCACCCUGUUGCUCUGGAGUCUUGUCGCCGAGGAGGGGCACAUGAGUUCGGCCAUACCACACUUCUCAAAUAUGGUCAAAAAGUCAAAAGUGCUGAAACCGGACAUGCAGUUCGUGACCGGAACAAGGCGGAGACCACCUUUGGCUUCAUCGCUUCCGCGACAAACCCAAAGGUGAGAAUUGGCGCUACCAGCGGGUGGAUGGCCAACCCGAAGAGGGACCCGAAUGUCCUCGACAACGGGAAAUACAUCCACCUUGUCCACAAGUUUGGCCGCCUGCUGGAGUUUACGCUCAUCUCCUCCUAUCGAGACAAAAACGGGCAGGCCCUUCCCGAGGAUAUAGGGCGUUUUGUCGCUUGCCAUGCGGAAAAAAAAUUAGGUGUCUUCUGGAUCAUCGCCGCGUUGAAGGCGGUUCUUGGCACCACGGACUACACACGGAUGGGCGACCUACGAAAUGCCGCUGUCCCGGAACAAUGGAAACGCGCGUGGAUUCUGUUGGAUCACAAACCAUGCGACAAUGUGAGUCCCGCCCAUGUCUUCCAGGCAAUGUAA